GGGCUGGCUCAUGGAAGUCAAGGUACCGACUCGUACCCUACCAUACAUCACCUGGGGCAUGCUUUGAUCGGCUUAUGAACGGCUGCACAAUAGGUGCCAAUCACUUAGGCCCGGAUCCCGUUACCAUCUUCCCAUGGCUCCCAUGCCUCUACAUUGACAUUCAUCCAUGGCAGCAGCCUCUUAUCAUCUUCCGAGCACCAGCUCACCUUACUUAGCCUUUGCAGCUUCACCUUCCGCCAGACGUACUACUACUACAUACCCUUCCUAGCCGCUCCUAGCUUUCUUGUUCUUUGACAUCCCACCCACUCAUCUCGCUCUUCUGGCCAGGACAAGCUGCCCUCCUCAUAAUGGACCCCCAUAAUCUUGAGAAAGAGUCUAUACCGCGUGCGCCGGGUGAGGCAAGAUAUCUUGACUUCCCCGCUCGUCCAGCAGAUGCUGUCCGUGAUGGUAAACCCGUACUGAACCGCCAUUCUUCCACUCUCACCAACGACCAUGACUUUCCUGGAGCUCAGGCCAUGUUGUACGCCGCAGGUGUGUCUGACGAAAAUGCCAUGAAAAAUGCGCCGCACGUAGGUGUGGCUAGUGUUUGGUGGGAGGGGAAUCCUUGCAACACGCAUUUGUUGGAGCUGGGAAAGACGACCAAACAGGCAGUCCAAAAGCUUGGUAUGAUAGGAUGGCAGUACAACACCAUCGGAGUAUCUGAUGGUAUAACCAUGGGUGGGGAGGGAAUGCGAUUCUCUCUCCAAUCUCGAGAAAUCAUCGCCGACAGCAUAGAAACCGUCACGUGUGCUCAGCAUCACGAUGCCUGCAUUGCUAUUCCUGGUUGUGACAAGAACAUGCCGGGUACUAUCAUUGCCUUUGCCCGUCAUGAUCGCCCAUCUAUCAUGAUCUAUGGCGGCACCAUCAUGCCCGGCUACAGCAAUACUCUCAAGAAGCGUAUCAACAUCACGACAUGCUAUGAAGCUUCUGGUGCUUACCUCUACAACACUCUCACGAGCAAGGAUCCCAACGUAUCGGCAAGUCAAGUUAUGACUGACAUUGAGCAACACGCGUGUCCAGGUGUGGGAGCUUGCGGAGGAAUGUACACUGCCAACACCAUGGCCAGCGGUAUUGAGGCCAUGGGCCUUUGCCUGCCCGGUUCAUCAAGCACACCUGCCGAGUCGCCUCAGAAAAUGAGAGAAUGCCAGAAGGCUGCCGAGGCAAUUCGCGUGUGUCUCGAGAAGAAUAUUCGACCCCGAGACUUGCUCACAAAACGUUCUUUUGAGAACGCCAUGGUCCUGAUGAUGGCUCUCGGUGGUUCUACUAACGGAGUGCUGCAUUACCUCGCUAUGGCUGGGACUGCUGGUGUAGACCUCACCCUCGAUGACUUCCAGCGCGUAUCCAACAAGAUACCGUUUAUCGCAGAUCUCGCACCUAGUGGCAAGCACGUGAUGGCUGAUCUUUAUGAGAUUGGAGGCAUUCCAUCUGUGCUGAAGCUGCUCAUUGCUGCCGAACUGCUAGACGGUGGUAUCCCAACUGUGACUGGCAAGACAUUGGCGGAAAACGUUGCAACCUGGCCAUCACUUAAGCAAGGACAGGAGAUCAUUCGCUCACUGGACAAUCCCAUAAAAGCUACAGGUCAUAUUGAGAUCUUGCGAGGCAACCUAGCUCCUGGUGGCGCUGUCGCUAAGCUUACUGGUAAAGAAGGUAUGACCUUUACCGGCAAGGCUCGUGUUUUCGACAAGGAGUGGCAGUUGAAUCAAGCUCUGAAUCGUGGCGAAAUUCCCAGGGGAGAGAACCUGGUGCUUGUUGUGAGAUACGAGGGUCCCAAGGGUGGACCCGGUAUGCCAGAGCAGCUCAAGGCUAGCGCUAUUCUCAUGGGAGCGAAACUCACCAACGUAGCCUUGAUCACCGAUGGACGAUAUUCUGGCGCAAGUCACGGCUUCAUUGUCGGUCAUAUCGUACCAGAGGCAGCAGUCGGAGGACCUUUGGCGGUCGUCCAGGACGGUGAUAUAAUCACCAUCGACGCCGUCACUAACUCUCUUAGCAUGAACGUCUCUGAUGAGGAGGUUGCCAACCGCCUCAAGUCUUGGACAGCACCAAAACCGGCCGUAACUCGUGGAACUUUGGCGAAAUACGCAGCCUUGGUUGGAGAUGCUAGUCGCGGUGCUAUGACGGAUCUAUUCUGAGCCAGUUACCGUGCUUGGUCGUAAUGUGUAAUGGGCGUGGCCGAUUACGAUUUGUUCUCGUUGCAGGCAUGCUUCACCUUGAGCGCUUUCGGCAUUUGUU